AUGACUAGUUCGACAUCGGCGUCAAUUGUCGGCCUGUUCGAGAAAUCCCUCUAUGACCUGAUCAAAGGUCUUCGGAACCAUAAAGGCACAGAAGAUGAAUACAUUCAGAAUGCCUUGCGCGAAUGCAAGGCUGAGAUCAAAUCACAGGAUAUGGGUAUGCGCCACUGUGUCCCGCCCCCCGACCGCCCCGACCGCCACGACCAAGCCACAGCUCUACUGAAACUCAUAUAUCUCGAGAUGUUCGGUUAUGAUAUGUCAUGGGCGGCUUUCAAUGUUUUGGAGGUCAUGUCAUCGGCAAAAUAUCUUCAGAAACGAGUCGGCUACCUCGGAGCUGUCCAGAGCUUUAGACCGGAUACAGAGGUCCUAAUGCUGGCAACUAACAUGCUCAAGAAGGACAUUGUGUCACCCAGUAUUCCCGGACUAUCAUUACCACUGGCGACGCUGCCACAUAUCAUCACCCCAUCACUUUCCAUGUCUCUACUUCCCGACAUUUUAUCUCGCCUUUCGCAUUCCAGUCCCGUGGUCCGCAAGAAAACGAUCGUUACCCUCUACAGAAUCUCGUUGGUUUACCCCGAGGCGUUGAAACUGGCAUGGCCAAGAAUAAAGGACCAUCUUAUGGACGAUCAAGAAGAGGCCAGUGUGACCACAGCUGCAAUCAACGUUGUAUGCGAGCUUGGUUGGCGACGUCCGCAUGAUUUUCUCCCCUUGGCCCCGCGGCUUUUCGAGCUUCUCGUGGAUAGCGGUAAUAAUUGGAUGGCUAUCAAGAUCAUCAAACUCUUUGCAACUUUAACACCCUUGGAGCCGCGACUAACACGAAAGCUUCUACGACCGCUGACCAAUAUUAUUCAAACUACAACGGCCAUGUCAUUGCUAUAUGAAUGUAUCAAUGGCAUUAUCCAAGGUGGCAUUCUCGAUGGAGAAGAUAAUCUGCAAGAACGAGACGAGGUUGCCAGUCUUUGCGUCGGCAAACUUCGCGGCAUGAUCGUUAUAGACUCGGAUCCCAACCUUAAAUAUGUUGCUCUUCUCGCAUUAAAUCGGAUCGUCACAACGCACCCCUCGUUAGUAUCGGUGCAGCAGGACGUCAUCAUGGAGUGCCUGGAUGAUGCAGAUAUAUCAAUCCGACUACAGGCCCUAGAGCUCGCUGCGGGAAUGGUCACUAGUGAUACCCUUCAGGAAGUGGUCAAUCGUCUCGUCGAGCAACUUCGAUUCGCCCCGCUCUCAGCUUCGGCAGACGCGUCCGGUGUGGCAGAUGAAGAUUUCGAAGAAAACAACGCACCCACGACCAGCACAGAGUCUGCCAAGGUCCUACCGAAUGACUAUCGGACCGAGGUCGUACAUCGCAUUCUUGACAUCUGCUCACAGAGCAAUUACUCAGAAAUCGAGGACUUUGAGUGGUAUGUCAAUAUUCUAGUCCAGCUCGUUGGCCUUCUUCCACUGGCAGAAGUGGAUGACUACUGGAACGCACCCCAACCCGGCCAAGCUCAAGAGUCUUCGUCCAUCAAAACGUCCGUGGCAUUCCGCAUCGGCGAGGAGAUUCGUAACAUCGCGGUCCGAGUCAAAGGAGUACGCAUGGAAGCGUGCAGGGCUGCUGAAUCCCUGUUGCUGAUUGAUAACCGCCCACACCUCUUCCCUGUCGGCUCGAGUGUGGGAGAUGACGUCCUGGGCCCUGUUUCCUGGGUCGUUGGUGAAUAUGCGGAAUAUCUUCGAAGCCCUAGUCGGACUUUGCAAUCCUUGAUCGAUGGGGCCAAUGUAUCUUUGCCUGCCAAAACUCUUCAAUUAUUUCUGCAGGCUAUACCCAAGGUCUUUAUCCAGGCUAAUAGAGACUGUGAGGCCAGAGACAGCUGGAGGAGUGAAAUGUCUCUUCUCCUCGCUCGCGUUGUCGAAUUCCUUGAGUCACUGGCAGCACACCCGGACCUGGAUGUUCAAGAACGAGCCAUUGAAUUUCUAGAAGUGCUUCGUCUGGGUGCUGAUGCAUUGCGCUCCGAGGGACAAGAAGUGCCGUUCCUUCUCACCUCAGUCAUUCCAAGCUUGUUUACGGGGCUGGAGUUAAAGCCUGUUGCUCUCAAUGCUCAGAAAAAGGUCGUGCUCUCUGCUAGUCUACGAUUGGAUGAGCCUUUCAACGAUGAUUUACCGGAUUUAUUCGAUCGUCUAAACAAUGGCUCGCUAUCGGAUAGCAAUUCACACAGCGGACUGCAGGACUUUUAUUACGUUACCGAUGCCCCUCCGCCCGCCUUGGCCAAUAAGCCAAUUCAUGACUUAACCACCGCGGCGAGCUACCUCGACACCUCAUAUCAGAAUGUCUUGGGAAGUACCGCUACAGGGCAUAAGGCCGAACGCCGGGAACGCUAUCAAAACGACCCAUUCUACAUUGCACCUGUCGGGGGUAAUAACUCUUCUGGCACAUCCACGCCAGGAGCCUCUCACGAAGGCGGUCUAGAUAUCGACAACAUUCCCAUCAUCGACCUGAAACUUGACGACGCGGGGAAGAGCCUUACGAGUCGUGAUAUUCCCGAGGUCCGGAGACACCAUUCCAGACGGAUGGAGGUUGCGGCCGAUGAAACGUUAGGCGUUGAAGACCUUUCUUCUUCCCCGAGGGGUAAUAGUGGCGCUGGCAGCAACAGACGGGGUUUGCUUCAAGUUGAUUCCAGCACUCUGGAGAGAAAUGAUUAUCAACAGCCCGGGCUUGUCUCUGCGGGUGAUGAUGGGGAUAGGGAGAUGAGGGAAGCGAUGCAGAACGUAGAACAGGUGCGUCUGCGCAUGCAGCGGGCGUCGGAGCGGAUUGGAUUAGAAGGGACACCGGCUGAGGGAGAGCUUGUGAAAAAGAAAAAGAAGAGCAAGAAGAAGGCUACGACACUUGAGGGGGGUGAACCCGAGAAGGACAAGAAGAAACGGAGGAAAAAGAGGACAUCUGAACAUGAACCUCAAUGA